CCGACACAGUGUCACUUCGACUUCCCUGCCUGAAUACGAUCGUCAUUCUCAUUACACACCAUGGUCCAUGAACCCUCCCCCCCACUGCCCUGGCCCAAUUACGCUCCCUCUGGCCUCUCUAGCUCCACCGCGGUUGACGCGGGUUGGAUGGAGCUCCGAUGGUGCCUGCAUGAAUUUCAACGCUUUUUCAAGGACUUGAUCGCCUUUUUUCUUCCCUUGAAUGUCCCCUUGAAGUCAAAUACCUUUUCUCUCUUACUGUGAAGCUCCUCGAGUUGCGUGUGUUCUGCUCUAGAGUGUUGCCCAAGAGCUUCACGCUUUCUCUGUGUUGAACUCCAGGUACGCAUUCUUUAUCCUCAAAUCUACUAAAAUCAUGGCAGGCACAAUCUCCCGCUCGGAGGAGCUACACAGCUCUAUGGAUUCUGUGAAUCCUUCCUCCCUCUCCGAAGGUCAUCGCGACACUCUUGAAGUUCUCCCCGUUACCAAGGUUCCUGCGCUUGAUACGAUCGACUCGUAUGCCGUCGACCGCUCGAGUGUCGUUGCGACUGCGCAGAGCCCUUCCAUCGAACUGUCGGCCAGCUGCGAUUCUCAAACCCUUGCAAACACCCUCGUUCAGGGCUACGCCCGUUUUGUCUCUCGUUUUACCGGCCUCGAAGAAGUCGCGUUUGUCGUUUCGCGGCAUUCCAGCUUCGUCGCGGGGUCCGAGUCCUCGCGCGGGGUCGUUUGCGCCUCCGUUACCGGCUCGCAGUGUGCGACUCGCGAGUUGCCCUACACGCACCACAGCACGCAGGAAACCCAGUUCUCGCUACAGCUGGGCUUGGAAGAAGCUGGACCUGAAAAUGGCGAGCCUUCCGAUGCUCACGAUGAGUCAUUCGUUUUAUUUGUUCAGCAGAAUGAGGGCAGGCUGUCCGUCAGCUUUGCCUAUCCCCAACGCCUCAUUCCCGAUGCUGCGGUCCAGCAGUUGCUGACGACACUCGUUUCCCUCCUCGUGGAUUCCUCAAACUCUUUCCUUUCUACAGAAACACAAAAAUCCCCAGAUCUUUCCAUUAUUAAUUUCCCAUCUUUAAUGACACCACCUCCCCGCCCCGAUGACUCCCAGCAAGACAUCGAGCGCAAGAGUUCGCAGCCGUCUCUUCUUCACGCUGCCUUCGAGGGCUGGGCCCAGCGAAGGCCUAAUACUAUCGCGCUGGACUUCGUGCACUCGCUGGCUUCUUCCUCAUCCCCCGCUGAGCACAGCACUCUCACUUAUGCCGCUCUGGAUGUGGCAGCCUCGAAUCUGGCUGUGCACAUGAGAGCCCUUUUGUCGACGGGAUCUACCGCUGGCCGCAUUAUCCCGGUUUACAUGUCUACUUCUCCUGAAUUGUAUAUUUCUUAUCUUGCUAUUUUGAAGGCUGGAUUCGCCUUCUCCCCCAUUCCUCAAGAUGCCCCCGAACAGCGUGUGAGGGAAAUUCUGCAGGACAUUGGCUGUCCUAUCAUCCUCGGAAAUGUUCCCGAGCCCUCGUCCGGUCCUUGGUAUCCGGCCGACAAUGAACAAGUGAAAUCUACCUGGGUCAACGUCCCUGAAGUCACUCGAUGGAGAGAGAUGAGCGGGGACAACGGUGCCUCCCCAGCAUCUGUCGCAAAUGGCUCUCUCGAAGCCCCGGAAAUCAGCGAUGACCAGGUUGCAUACCUCCUCUUUACCAGUGGAUCUACAGGAAAACCAAAGGGUGUCCAAGUCAGCCAUCUCGCCGGUACAUGCUCUAUUGAAUCCCACUCUACAGCCAUUCCACUCCCAGGCAAAUUUGCCGGAAACUUCCGUUGGUUCCAGUUUGCCUCACCAACAUUCGACCCAUCGCUGAUGGAGAUAUUCGUGACUCUGAGCAGCGGUGCAACCCUCUGCUCGGCUGAUCGCAGCCUGACCUUGACCGACUUGGAGGCUACGAUCAACGAAGCUAGAGCUACAGUGAUGAUGGCCACUCCCAGUUUGGCUGCACUCCUCCGACCCUCUCGUUUGACUACCCUUGAAUCUCUCUGGACCAUGGGAGAGAAGCUCAACCGUACUGUUAUUGAGAACUUUUCGAAGAACCCAGCUACCGCCGACCAACCUUCAAGAAUGCUGGUUAACGCCUACGGUCCCACUGAAGGAGCAAUUAACUGUACCUUCCUUGCUCCAGUCGAAUUCUCCGUUCGCGGUUCAAUCAUCGGUGAAGCCCUUCCUACCUGCUCCAUGUUCGUCCUUGACCCCGAAGUCCACGAACCCAAAGCUGUUCCAGCAGGAUUGGCUGGUGAGUUGGCAAUUGGUGGACCACAGGUCAGCAAGGGCUACCUGAACCGCCCAACAGAAACAGCCAAGGCUUUCGUCCACAGCCCAGAGUUCGGAACUGUGUACCGAACUGGCGACAUGGCCCGUAUUGUCUGGGACGAGAGCGGCCGCCAGGUCAUUGAGUUCUUGGGCCGAAUUACCUCGGACCAAGUCAAGAUCAGUGGUCGUCGAUUGGAACUUGGCGAAAUCGAAUCGGUACUUGCGACCGUUGCUGGUGUGACGGAGGUUGUUGCGGUUGUGUCGAAGCGCGACCCCCAGACACAAGGUAGUGAGCAGAUCGUUGCUUGUCUUGUGUCUAGCGACAAGGAUGAAAGACAGAGAAUUGCGCGUGAAGCAAAUGAAAACACCCACGAGCACCUUUCGUCUUAUAUGUGCCCUACCACAUAUGCCUUCUUCGAUUACCUCCCUCGAUCCAGCUCUGGAAAGAUCGACCGCAAGGCCAUCUCUGCCAAGUUACUACAGGGUGCGGGUAGUGGUAUCGAGUUUGUUGCUCCACCAAAGGUAACAGUGUCGAACGGAAUCCAGGAAGAGUGGGAGCCCACAGACGAUGCCAAUGUGGUUGCCCUCCAGGAACUUGUCGUGCGACUCCUUGCGGAAACCACUGAUGAGGAAAUAUCGACAAUCUCCCCUGGUGCUAACUUGUACUCCCUCGGUGUGGACAGUCUCGGUGCCAUGCGCUUCCUUCAAAAAUUGAGGGAUAGUGCCAUCGAAGGCUUGUCUGUUGGUGAUGUCCUCCAGGCAGAGACACCCAAGGGACUGGUUUCCAUGAUCGCCAACCGCCACCUUAGCCAGGCGAACGGUUCCCAGCUUGAGGAAGUGCUGCAGCAGAACCUCGCCGCUUUUGGUGACAGGAACCUUGCAACUUGCGCAGAGAGACUUGGUUACAAUAGUAGCCAGAUCAGCAAAGUUUUGCCCACUACUGCUACGCAGUCCGGUAUGUUGACUAGCUUCCUGCGUAGCUCUGCGGACAAGUCGUUUGCAGCUUGCUCUUACAUCUAUCACACCGUCAUUUCACUCGAGGCGGAUGUGGAUGUUGAACGUCUCAAGAACGCUUGGAAUGUUGUGACAGGCAGCUAUGAUUCUUUCCGAACCGUCUUCUGCUGGCUGGAUGACGAUAUGGCCCCCUUUGCACAGUGUAUCCUUGCACCCGAGGCUAUCUCCGAGCUCCAAUGGAACAUGUACUCUGGCUCCUCGGAGGAGACUUUCCAGUCAGCCCUCCGCCAUGCAGAGGACACUAUCGAGCUGAGCCGACCUACGUGGGCUAUCUCGAUGAUCUCCGCCCCCGAGAAGACCACUCUUAUUCUGAGCAUGUUCCACGGAAUCUUCGACGGUGGUUCAUUGGCACUGCUCCUUGAAGACGUUUCAUCUGUUUACGAUGGAAAGCCUAUUGCACAGCGGACCUCCCUGGACCACAUUGUCAAGCACCACUUCCAGGCUGAUCACGCUACCACCGCACAAUUCUGGCAGCAACACCUGGACCAGUACUCCCCGGUCGCCUUCCCCUCCGUUAUACCCCAUCGCCCUUCCUCGAUCAAAUCAACGGACUCCAUUGAAAUUACUGCUCGUACCACUUACGAUGACCUCAAGAGACAGUCAAAGAAGAUGGGAUCGACUCCCCUGUCUGUCCUCCAGGCAGCGUGGGGCUCGAUUCUGCUGGCCUACACAGGCACACCCGACCAGGAUGUUGUGAUGGGUAGUGUUGUUUCUGGCCGUUUGGACACCGAGUCCGAGGCCUGUAUUGGUCCUACAUUCACAACUGUUCCUAUCAGACUUGGUCUCAACCAGAUUGCGAAGGAGACUGAAGGAGCCUGGAGCAACAAAUCCGUUGCGCGCCACUUGACAUCGUUCAACGCAAAGACUCUCUCGCACCUGCAGCCGCGCCUUGGUUCGUUGGUGACCGCGGACGGAAAAUUACCAUAUGAUACUCUCAUUGCUUACCAAGACUUCAAUGCCGGCUCCAGCGACAGCAAGAUCUGGAGUUCCAUCGAGCACCCACCCAUGGCCAAUGACUUUGUGGUUAUGAUUGAGGUCUGGCCCGGUGCAGACUCAUCUCUUACCCUGCGCGCUAGUUACAACCAUGCGCAGCUUGAUCGCGACGCUGCUGAGAUGAUGUUGCAGGAGCUGAGUGAGAUCGUGGCAUACAUUCUCGACCAGCCUGAUGAGGACUUCCAAAACGCCUCGUCUAACACGAACGCCGACCUAAAGUCUUCUCUGAACACCAACCCACAGUUCGCUCCAGAGGUGGCAGAGGGAGCAUUGAUCCACUCCAAGUUCGAAGAACAUGCCCAAUCCCACCCUGACGAUGUCGCUUUGGUCUUCAAGGGUGAUAUCGACAAUGAAGACAGCCCCCUCAACAUUGAAUGGACCUACGCUGAGCUGGACGCACGGGCUGAUGCUCUUGCUGAGCGCCUUGUUCAGACCUACGGAUAUUUCACCAACUCCGCCGUCCCCAUCUGCAUUGAGAAAAGCCCUGCUUUGUAUGUUGCCAUUCUUGGUAUCGUCAAAGCUGGCGGUGCUUGGUGUCCUAUCGAUACAUUCUCCCCUGCGCAGCGUCGUCACGACCUUGUGGUCCGUACUGCCUCGAAGGUUCUUCUUAUCUCCAGCGCCGACGCUUCCCAACCAGCAGAGGCUAUUCCUGUUGAUGUUGAAGUCGUGGAUGUCAACCAGUUUGCCGGUAUCAUGCCAAACGGACUCCCCAAAACUCAGCGGGAUCUUUCUAAGAAUCCAGCAAGCCCAGAUGACAUGGCCUAUCUGAUUUGGACUAGUGGUACAACCGGUGCCCCUAAGGGUGUUCCUAUCAAGCAUUCUGGUGCUGUCUCGAGUAUGAAGUCACUGGCGAAGGACAUCCCGACCGAUGUGCCCGGAGGCGUCAUCCGUUGCAUGCAAUUUUCGCAAUACACUUUCGACGUGUCUAUUCAAGAUAUCUUCUAUACUUGGAGUUUGGGAGGUGUCCUGAUCUCUGCGACAAGAGAGAUCAUGCUCGGCUCAUUCGCCAAACUUUCCAACAUCACCAACGCGACCCAUGCCCAUCUGACGCCUGCAUUCUCCGCUGGCGUUCCUCGCCAACAGUGCAAGACCUUGAAGGUUAUUACCAUGAUUGGUGAGAAGCUGACCCCCGCUGUUGCCGAUGAUUGGGGAACCGAUAUGCGGGCUUUCAACACAUAUGGUCCCGCCGAAGCCACCAUCGUGUCUACUGUGCGCGAGUUUGGUAACGAAUGUAAAAAUAUAAAGAGUGCCAAUAUCGGUUGGCCAUUGGAAACCCUCUCCGUCUUUGUCACUAGGAACAAGAAGAUGGUGAUGAAGAAUGCCGUUGGUGAGUUGGCACUGGGUGGUCCGCAAUUGUCUCCUGGGUAUCUCAAUCAAGAGGAUGUUACCAAGGCCAAAUACGUCUGGAGCGAUGAGGCAAACCAGGUGCUGUAUUACACCGGUGACCUGGUCCGUAUGCUUGCAGAUGGCUCUCUCGAGUACAUCAACCGUGUCGAUGACUUGGUCAAGCUUGGUGGUAUCCGUGUUGAGCUGAGUGAGAUCAGCUACUCUCUCGGUGAAUGCCACUCCAUGGUUGAGAACAUCGAGACCCAGAUUAUCAACCGCCCCGAUAGACCGACCAAGGUGGUGGUUGCCUUCCUCGCUGCCCCCGAAGCUCCCUCAAGCGAUAAUGAAGAGUUGCUACUUCUUAACGACACCGCCGUCGAAAUUGCCCGUGCUGCCAGUGACAAGGCCCACACUGUCCUCCCCGACCAUAUGAUUCCGUCCGUCUACUUGGUUGUCAAGAAUAUCCCACGGACCCAGUCUGCGAAGACUGACCGCCGUGCACUCCAAGCGGCUUACGCCUCGUUUGACAUUGAAGACUGGGAGAGGAAGAUGAACCCCGACAAUGGCACCUUUGAUGAUGCCGAGGAUGCCGACGCUGCCACAGCCACAAAGGUCGUCGAGACCAUUGCUACCCUGGCCAACAUCUCUACCUCCAUUAUCUCCAAGGUCAGCAGACUUGGAAGUUUGGGUAUCGAUUCCAUUCAUGCCAUUCGACUUGCCUCCCGGUUGAACGAGGCUGGAUACCAACUUUCUGUCGUCGAGGUCUUGAACUGUGUCACCGUCAAUGAUCUCGUCAAGCUCGCUUCCACUGCCUCUGGUGCCAACAAGAACACAGACGUGUUCGACCUGGAGUCAUUCAACGACCAUUGGCAUGCAGCGACCGCAGAAAAGGUGCAGGAGGUUUUCUUCACAGCACGAGCCACCACCCUUCAGGAGAGUUUGCUCAGUGAGACAAUGGGUACCUCCAACCUCUACUGGAGCAACCACUUUAUGGCUCUUGACAAGUCAGUCGACUUGGACCGCCUCAGACAAGCCUGGAUUGCAGUCUGCCAAAAGACCGAGGCCUUGCGAACUGGUUUCAUCCCUGUCGCUGAGGUCGAUGAUGGCCAAAGCCAAGACACUCUUGACUUCUCUCUCUUGCAGCUCAUCUACGAUGUCCCAGAUGUCGACUGGAAGUACUCUGAAUGUACCAAGGAGAGCUGGAGAGACGAACUCGACAUUCGCAACAAGGACACCUUUGCAAGACAGCAGGGAACUUACUUCCGAUACCCCCCAUGGGCUGUUACGAUCUUGGAUCAGGGCGAGGAGCGCAUCAUGGUUCUCACCAUUCACCACUCGAUCUACGAUGGACCAUCUCUCAAUCUCAUCAUGGAUGAUGUCCGAUCCGCCUACACCUACAAGGCCCCUACCAGACAUCAGCUCCGUGACGCCCUCUCCAUCAUCCUGCCAACGGAAAAGCGAGUGGAAGAAACCCGAUCUUUCUGGAAGACCGAGCUCGCCAAGUUUGCUGAUCUCGAUGCUCCAGUGUGGCCUGAUCUCACUGGAAUCAGAUUGCCGCCUGGCACCCAGCCAGAUCACUCGUUCAUCGCAGAGGAAAUUAUGUUGACUGAACCUGUUACAAAGCUGCAAGCUGCUGCAAGCGAACUUGGUCUCUCAUCAAUUGCUUCGAUCAUUCGUGCCGCUUGGUGCUGCGUCUCCCUGACCUACCUUGGUGCCCCUGGAACCGUUUUCGCUGAGACUCUUUCAGACCGUGUUCUUCACGCGGACCUCGAAGACGGUGUCGGUCCACUGCUGUCUGUCGUCCCUAUUCCAUUCCACCCUCAGGGAACUGUUCGGGACGUCCUUUCCGAACAGCAUCGAUUGUCGGUUCAGUCCUGGAAGCAUCGCCAUGUCCAUGCACGUGAAGUCCGCAAGAUGCUCAAGCGGCCCCGUGGCGAAGCCCUUUACCCAGGACUUUUCAACUUCCACGCAGCCAGCGAGGAUUCGGAUGCUUCUUCCGGGCCAAGCCUCUGGACCGAGAUGGAAGAUGACAUCGGCCUCCAAGUCGAGCACCCCAUGGCGCUGAACGUUUUCCAGAAGAAGAGCGGCGCUCUUGUCGUGGAAGCCUCUUCGGACGCCUCUGUGCUGAGCAGAGAGCAGCUGGUCAUGUUUACUCGCCAGAUCGAUGCUCUAGUCAGCGCGAUGGUCGCACACCCCGAGGAGCAGAUCGUGAACUUGGUCAACCACUUGCCGAGUGAUUUGCUUUCCAUCUCGAAACAGGAUGUUAGUGCUGGUGUCCUCGAGUCUGUCAACGUGAGCCCUACCUACUACUUGGAGUUGUAUGCCAGAGAGCAUCCUGAAUGGAUUGCUGUUGAGACUGCAAGCGCCAUCAGCGAGCAUGGAAUCGAGAAAGAAAGCAUGACCUUUGGUAAACUCAAUGCUGAGGCCAACCGUGUCGCUGCUUUUAUUACUUCAUUUGGCUACAGAAACCGAAUGAUCGCUGUCUGUCUCGGUCGUCAUAUUCCAUCGUAUCCCAUCAUUGCUGGUGUUUUCAAGUCUGGAAACACUUACCUCCCGAUUGAUGACAACCUUCCCAACGACCGCAAGGCAUUCUUGAUUGAGGAUGGCGAUUGCCCUCUUGUUUUCACAGAAACGGCUUUCUCUGCAACCUUCUCUGAUGUCCCUGACUCUUGUCGUGUUCUCUGCCUUGAUGAGCCGGAAUUGCCGGCUUCGCUGGCAGCAAUGCCUACGGAAGACCGCGACUACCCAGCUGAGCCCGAGGACAUUUCCUACCUUCUCUACACCUCAGGAUCAACAGGUAAGCCCAAGGGUGUCAUGAUUACCCGGGCCAACCUUUCGUCGUUCAUCGAGUCUCUUUCUGAGUUCACCUGCCGUGUUGCACCCGACACCCUGAAGCUGGGUGGUACAGGAAGAUACCUUGCCCAGGCCAGUAGAGCUUUCGAUGUCCACCUUGUCGAAAUGUUCAUGCCCUGGAGACACGGAAUGGCAACUGUUACAGCAGCCCGAACCAUGAUCCUGGAUGACCUCCGUUUGACCCUUUCCAAAUGGGACAUUACCCAUGCCAGUUUCGUCCCGUCCUUGGUCGAUCAGUCCAACAUCCUCCCCGAACACUGCCCCAAGCUCAAGUACAUUAGUGUUGGAGGUGAGAAGAUCUCGAAACGUGUGCUGGAAACAUGGGCUGGUGCUCCUGGUGUCGCAUUUGUCAAUGCCUACGGCCCAACUGAAGUUACCAUCGGCUGCACAUUUGCUCUCAUUGACAAGACAACCACCAUUCGAAACAUCGGUGCGCCUUUGACCGCCUGUGUUGGCCAUGUCCUUCUUCCAGGCACUCUGACCUAUGCUCUUCGUGGCCAGACCGGUGAGCUUUGCUUCACUGGUGAUCUUGUUGGAAAGGGCUACCUCAACCGUCCUGAUGCCACUGGAUUCUGCAAGGGCCCCAAUGGUGAGAAGAUGUACAGAACCGGUGAUGUUGGACGCUUGAUGGUGGACGACACUGUUGAGUAUCUGGGACGUGGCGAUGACCAGACCAAGAUCCGUGGACAAAGAAUGGAACUUGGUGAAGUUUCUGAAGUUCUGCGCUCAUCUUCGACUAUCGGCAUUGACGUUGUUACAACGGUCGCCAAACACCCUGGUCUCUCAAGAAUGCAACUCAUCUCUUUCAUUGCACGAGCUGAUGCCCGACAGCGUGAACAGGGCAAUGAUGUGAUGUUCAUGCAUUCCGACUUUGCUACCCUGGGCAAGGAACUUCAGGACGCCUGCAAAAGGAAGCUGCCUGGAUACAUGGUUCCUGAAAUCGUUCUCCCCAUCACUUCCAUUCCCUUGGCUCCCAUGUCUGGAAAGGCAAAUGUCAAGCAGCUUCAGGGUCUAUUCUCAGACCUGCCGCUUGCGACCGUUCUUCAGGGCAACAACGCCGUGUCCCAGGACUCGGCUUUGGCCAAACGACCCAUGACUGCCGAUGAAGAGGCCGUGGUCAAGGAAAUCUGCUCUGUCGUCUCGACCGACCCUUCAAUCAUGGGACCGUUGACAAAUAUUUUCGAGGUUGGUGUUGACAGUUUGAGUGCCAUCAGUUUGUCCGUCAAGCUCAGGAACAUUGGUUACGAUGUUACCGUCGCCCUUGUCAUGAGCAACCCCGUUGUUGAGCAGCUUGCCCGCCUGACAAGAACCUCGAGCUCCCCCAAGGCACAAGCCGCCGAAGCUCAGCUCCGUGGAAAGCUCUCAGAGAUGCAAACCCAGUUCCACCAGAACCCACCACAUGGAGUUGAUCCUUCUUCAGUCGCCUCGGUUCGACCUUGCCUGCCUCUUCAAGAGGGUCUGGUUGCCCGAUCGAUCAACAACGAGGGCGCUCAGCUUUACAUCAACCACAUUGCCUUGCAGCUGAACGAAUCUGUCGACGCUGAGCGCAUCAGAUCUGCCUGGACAUCGGCUGUUGCUGAUAAUGAAAUCCUCCGAACAUUCUUUGCUCCUCUUGGUAACGAAAUCGUCCAAGCCGUGGUCGCCGCCGACUCGCACAAGAUUCAGUGGGUGGAGGAGGAAUAUACCAGCGCUGAGGGGUCCAUUGAGAAGCACAACGCCCAGAAGGAAGACAUCGCUCGCGAUAUCAUCGCCAACAUUUCUGCUGUUCCUCCAAUUCGAUUCCAAUUGACAAGAUCGUCAGACACCAAGAAGCCACUCGUCCUGUUCAUCUCUGUUCACCACUCUCUCUACGAUGGUGAGUCAUUCUUCAUGCUGAUAGAAGAAGUCGCGGCACGCUACGCUGGAGAGCCCGUCGCCGAGAGAGGAUCCCCAUCGGCUUUCAUCGAGCAUGUUUACUCGCAGGAUCUCGAGAAGGCGAAGGACCACUGGGUCCAGUCACUCGCCGAUUGCCACCCCACCACCUUCCGUGCCGACUCUCGCGAUAUGGAGAGCCCCAAGACUGUACACAAGCAGCUUGGCAGCAAGCUCUCCGACUUGGAACGCCGCGCAGCCAAUCUUCAAACCACCCUUCCUUCUCUGGUGCAGGCAGUCUUCGCCCUUCUGUUGGCGGAUACUGUCGACGCAUCAGAUGUUACCUACGGUAUUGUGCUUUCCGGUAGAGCUGUGUCGGUUGCUGGUGCAGAAUCUGUCCUCCUCCCUUGCAUAACCACCGUCCCCGGACGGCUUAACGCCAACGGUUUGAGUACCGUCAACGAUGUGGUUGGUGCUAUCCAAAAGUCGACUGUGCGCACUCUUGAGUUCCAACACACUUCCCUCAGACACAUCCAGCGCUGGGUCAACUCGGAAACCCCUCUGUUUGACUGCCUAUUCUCUUACAUCCGAUCUACCGAGUCAGGAAAGCAUGGCUUCUGGCAAGAGCUCGACAUGGAUAUGCCCUCAGAUUAUCCGUUUGCUAUUGAAGUUGAGGCGAACAACUCUCUGGACAAGAUUCAACUCAACUGCGUUGCCACUCAUGCAUUCUCCCGCUCCUACAACGCAGAGGAGUUCCUCGAAAAGAUGGAUGCAGUGCUGUCAAGCAUCGCGUCUGGUGAAGAGGUUUCCUUGGACAACUUCAAUCUCUCUCUGUCCAAGGCCCCUGGUUCGUCCUCUAAGUCGAUUCAAUGGGACGAAACAACCUGGUCGGCCACGGAAUCAAAGAUCCAGGAGCUCGUCGCCACCUUCUGUAACCUUGACCUGACUACCGUGUCAAAGGGUGCCUCUUUCCUCAGUCUCGGUAUCGACUCCGUUACCGCCAUCCAAUUUGCUCGCAGACUGCGCGACUUGGGCUUCACUGCUUCUUCUGCUGAUGUAAUGCGAUUCUCCUGUGUCGGUGCUCUAUCCAAGCACUUCGACGAACUUUCCUCUGAGCCUGCAAAGGAGAGCGCAGACAAGCAGACUUUUACCAUCUCCGUUGAUGCCCACAAAUCCAAGAUUCCCCUUCUCAGCCCCCAUGACUCCAUUUCCUCCAUCUUCCAAUGUACCCCCUUGCAAUCUGCCAUGAUCACACAGACCGUUGGUUCAGACGGCCAGGUCUAUACCCAUCCCCACCCAGUCCGACUUUCCCCGUCGGUUGACAUUCCCCGACUUGGAGAUGCUCUUUCCAAGGUCAUUCAAGACAACGACAUCCUUCGCACCACCUUCCACUCUAUCGAGGAGCUUGGCUUCUCCUGGGUCGGUGCUGUCCAUACCAAUCCACCCUUCGCAUGGAAGGAAAUCACCAUCCCCUCGGGCGUUGAUAUUCUGUCCGAAAUUUCUGCGGGUCUUCUACUCGACGAAGAGUCUGCAUUCGAAAUCCCUCCCCUGCGUACGUUCCUGAUCAACCAAGGAGAAGCCAAGUUCUUGGUCGUUAUUAUGCACCACUCUCUCUAUGAUGGUGCUUCGCUUCCAUUCGUCUUUGAGGAUCUCGCGUUGGCCUACCAGGGCAGCGAAUUGACAAAGAGAUCCCAGUUCUCCGACACUGUCCACCACGUUUUGGAAGGACAGGAGCAGGCCUGUGCUUUCUGGACCGACAAGUUGAUGGGAUACGAAAUCGCCGAGAUCCCACCGCAUUCAACCACAGUAUCUGCGGAGAAGAUGUUCCUGUCCGAGCACCGAGUCGACCUUGACAUCUCGAAGGUCGUCGAAACCUGCAAAUCGAUGGAAGUUACUGUUCAAAGCGUUUCCCUCCUGGCCUAUGCUAAGAUCCUUGCCCGUCUCAUCGGCAAACGCGAUGUUGUCUUCGGACAAGUCCUUGCAGGACGCUCUUUGCCCACGCCUGGUGCUGAAAGAACCAUCGGUCCGUUGUUCAACACCGUGGCGCAGAGAGUUACCUUUGAGCCCAAGUUCCUAAGCAACCGUGCUAUGGCUCUUAGGUUGCAGCAACUUACCGCUGAUGCACAGGUUCACCAGCACGCACCCCUGAGAAUGGUUCAGAACUCCUUGAGACAGCUAGAUGGUCUGAAGGCUGCUUCGCUCUUCGAUACCCUCUUUGUUUUCCAGAAGAGUGCCGACUUGGAUGCUGGUGUGCUUGGCAACCAGGAAAUCUGGACCCCUUACGAAGCCGAUGACUACGCAGCAGAGGCUGAGCACAAACUCAACAUUGAGGUUGACCAUGCACGCGAUGGAAUCGUGGUGCGGGCCUCUUGUAAGGGACAAUACUUCCCGCAACACAUUCUCGACAGCAUUCUGCAAGACUUCGGUUCUGCAUUCCGUGAUAUUAUCGAACACCCAACUAGAUGCGCCACCGUUGUUCCCGAUCGCCUGGGAGAGCUGCCCCUGCGCCUGUCCGUGGCCAGCUCUGAAGAGUCCACGGUGGAAGAGCUUUCCGAUGCCCCAGCCCACGAGUCUAUUGUUCGUGACGUUCUUGCUGAGCUUGCUGGUGUGUCUCUUGACAACAUCAAACCUAAUACCAGCAUUUUCAACAUCGGAUUGGAUUCACUUUCCGCCAUCAGGAUUGCCGCAACCUGUCGAUCCAAGGGCCUGAAGGCCGGUGUCGCUGACGUCUUGCAAGGCAACACCUUGCGUGGUAUCAGUCUGCGCAUCAAGUCCACCUCUGAGAACAAGGUCCAGCCAAAGGGUGCUCUUAUUCCCAACUAUCAGAGUGUUGAAACGACAGUGUUGGAGAAACUUGGUGUUGAGAAGGGCUCGAUUGAGACGAUUCUCCCCUGUCUCAGUGGUCAGAUGUACCACCUUGCCAGCUGGCUGAAGACUGGCAGAAAGCUCUUUGAGCCAGCUUGGCCAUAUGUCACCACGGAACGGAUCGAUGCUGAAAGAUUAGAGGAUGCCUGGUUCCGACUCUGCAAGAGACACCCUACUCUUAGAACCUGCUUCGCGGUCAUCUCGCCAUCGGAGGCCGUCCAAGUCGUGAUGAAAGAAGCCAACCGCACCACUGACACCUUCAAGGUCAUUCAUUCUUCGGAACCCAUCGUUGAAGCAGCCCAGGCACAGGCAAAGGAAGAAGCAUUGCGUCCAUCUUCCCUCCUCACUCCUCCUGUUCGACUCCGCCUCAUCAAGGCAAGCGAUCGUGACGGAAUGCUCGUGUUGAUCAACCACGCCGCCUACGACGCCUGGUCAAUGCCCAUGUUUGUGUCUGAUCUCGCCAACUUCUACCGUGGCGAAAACUCUGCUUUCAACCCCGACUUCCCAGGCUUUGUCGACUACUCUGUUCGAUCCUUGCGCGAACUGGAUGAGCAGGCUUACUGGACCUCCGCCGUCGGCUCGAGCGCCCCUACUUUGAUCAAGGGACGCGACCCUAAUAGGCUCAGCCAACUUUUCUACGGUGCCUGGGAAAUGGUCAAGAGUCUUGUCGUUUCCUCUCCUACUGAAGAUGGAAGCGAGUCCCCAAGCCAGCAACAGCUAUUCUACGGUGCCUGGGAGAAGGUCAAGAACCUGUCCAAGAUGGAAGCCACCUGCCGUUCUGCCGGUGUUGGUCUUCAGACCAUGGUCCUCCUCGCCGUUUCCCGAUGCCUUGCUAGAAAGACCGGUGUCGACAGCCCAACUAUGGGUCUGUACCAGACUGGACGAUCUGCCUCUUUCUCUGAGAUUGAGCGCCUGUCUGGUCCUUGCUUGAACGUUACGCCCUUGACUGUCUCCAGUCCUAUCACUGAUGAUGGCGAAACAGCAUCUACCAUGCUGGAUAAGGCCCGAUCCAUCCAGACUUCCCUUGCGGAGCGCGUGAUGUACGAGCAGAGCUCCAUCCGCGAUAUCCUCACCCGCUGGGCAAGCACCAAGGGAACCCAGUCCCCGCUCUUCAACACUUGGGUUAACCUCUUGUGGAUGCAGCAGGGACAAGCCGCAGAGGGAGCCCCUCGUGAAUUGUUCGAGCCCCUCAAGAUUGGAGUUCCGACCGACUUCAUUCCCUCUGAGCCACUGGCAGAUGCUGAAGGCAAGUUGACAUCGGUGGCUGACUUGGACACAUCGUAUGUUCCCAACCAGAAUGUGUACAUUGACAUUGGGCCGGAUCCCAAGACGGAUUCAAUUGGAUUUGGUGUUCGUGUUGAGGGAGGUCUUCUGGCAGAAGAUGAAGUUGAUUCUUUGGUGACGGACAUUGGACUUGAGAUUGAAGCCAUUGUUGCUUCGUUGGCUUAAAAAAGAAGGAAAGAAAAAAGCCAAGAGACAUUAUUAUUCAUGUUUAUAGACUGUUUGUGUGAUUCCUGUAUCUAGAACUAUAGACCGUUGCGUUUUAUCUAUUCAAUGGAGUACUGCAUUUACUUGAAAC